AUGGUUGCCACCAACCUUAAAGUAGGAAGAACCUUUUUCCAAAGGGAGCAACUGGUCUCCAAGCAGCAGCAACAACUGAUUUCCCACAAGGAGCAACUGGCCUCCAAGCAGCAGCAACAACUGAUUCCCCAAAAGGAGCAACUGGCCACCAAGAAGCAGCAAAAACUGAUUUCCCAAACUGCUUCCCCAAAAGGAGCAACUGGCCUCCAAGCAGUAGCAACAACUGAUUUCCCACAAGGAGCAACUGGUCUCCAAGCAGAAGCAACUGGUUUCGCACGAGGAGCAACUGCAGCAACAACUAAAACUGCUUUCCAACCCCCACAACCGUCACAGCCAACACAGCCCCCACAACCGUCACAGCCAACAACAGCCCCCACAACCGUCACAGCCAACACAGGCCCCACAACCGUCACAGCCCCCACAACCGUCACAGCCAACAACAGCCCCCACAACCGUCACAGCCAGCAACAGCCCCCACAACCGUCACAGCCAACACAGGCCCCACAACCGUCACAGCCAACACAGGCCCCACAACCGUCACAGCCAACACAGGCCCCACAACCGUCACAGCCAACACAGGCCCCACAACCGUCACAGCCAACACAGGCCCCACAACCGUCACAGCCAACACAGCCCCCACAACCGUCACAGCCAACACAGCCCCCACAACUGUCACAGCCAACACAGGCCCCAAACCGUCACAGCCAACAAAGGCCCCACAACCGUCACAGCCAACACAGGCCCCACAACCGUCACAGCCAACACAGCCCCACAACCGUCACAGCCAACACAGGCCCCACAACCGUCACAGCCAACACAGGCCCCACAACCGUCACAGCCAACACAGCCCCCACAACCGUCACAGCCAACACAGGCCCCACAACCGUCACAGCCAACACAGGCCCCACAACCGUCACAGCCAACACAGGCCCCACAACCGUCACAGCCAACACAGCCCCCACAACCGUCAUAGCCAACACAGGCCCCACAACCGUCACAGCCAACACAGGCCCAAUAAUGAGCCAUUUAACAAAUAAGGCAAACGCUGAGAGCUCAAGUUAA